AUGGCGCCGCCAGAGGUGGACUUGAGAGCGUUCGUGCCUAUGGAAUCACAGCGGGAGGAACGAACUCCCGCUCGUCCGGUCGGCGGUGGCGGUGACGAGUUUUCAAGGGAUGCAUCUUCGCGGGAAGAGGAGGCAUCCCGACAACAAGAGUUGUUGGGGGAGCAGUUGCGGUUACAAGAAGCAAACUUGCAGGAGAUGCGUGACCAGGAGAUGCGGAUGCAAGAACUCAGCAGACAGUUACAAGCCGAGAGGGAAGAACUGGAGCUACUGCGAAGACAGCCGCUGCAACCUGAGGAACCCGACGUCCAACCAGAUGAAGAGACGGCGCCCGCCAAACCGUCUUUUUUGAGGCGGUGCGUAAACCUGCUCGCCUGUGGGGCCGGGAAGAAACGUUCUGAAUCGGAGGAGGCACACGCAGAGGGAGACCCGCAGGAACACAACAGCGACGAAGACAGCGAAGGCCCAGACGUCCACGAUCUAAGACCAGUCGGCAAUGCCGACUGGGUCAACUCUCGCACACCCCGUAUCACGUAA